AUGAGGUUUAGCAGCAUGCUCGUCGCCAUCAGCUUUACCUUCUUAUCGACUCUCUACCAACAAACCAUUGGCGGCUUCCUUCCUAUCAAGUUUUCCCCCACUGUUCAUCAACAAACAGUAAUAGACGAUACACAGCACUUCUCAUGCACUAAACUCCCUCGUAUAUCGAGGACUGAACGGACCGAGUUCGACACCGGAGGAUGCGUUGUCUACGGCUAUCCCUCCACUGGCGGGGUUCUUAUAAAAGAGGCUAGCCUUCUCGAUAUGCUUUUCCUAUCGCUUCCCCGCUCUCAUGCAUCGCAGCGCUCAUCCAGUGCGGACGAAGAAGACAGCUUCUGUGAUCUUAUGCGACGGACUGGUGCAAAGUUGUGGCGGAGUCAGGAGGAUUGGCUCGGGGCGAUGAUAGGUAUGAGGGAUUUUACGGAGGAAGAAGAAAAGGUGCUGGUGUUUGGUUGGCCGACGGAUGGAGUGGGUGUGUGGGUGUUGAGGUUUACGAGUACCCAGGAACUGCCAAGAAAUUUUGGGAGAAUAAGUUUAGCGAUGAAUAUGGAGGAGAAGAUACAGAUGAUGAAAGAGUAUAACGCUACGUUUGUUGAAGAUGUGACGCAGGUGGAGGAACUUUCUGGCUAA